AACACUCGCUCUGUUGCGAUACAGCUAGCGCCAUCUGAGGAAAAUAUUUUCAACUACCAUUAUUAUUAUUCUAUAACUUUUCUGGAAACCGCCAACGGCGGAUGUAAAAUUAUUUGCUCUUUGUUAUUAAAAGUUUUGUUUUGUUAUUAAGCCCUUGUGUGCUUGUCUCAUUUGUUAUUUUACAAUGAGUGUAUAAUAUGCCAUUUUUCCCAGUCUCGAAUAUAAUUAAAUCGGGUAGAUUUUAUCGGAUAACCCCAUCUUUUAUAUUUAAAAAUAGUAUUGUUAAAUAACUGGCGCCCGAACAGGGACCCGAUAUUUGAUAUAUUAAUUUCGAGACUGAAUUUUUCUGAACUGUGCUAAUAUGGAACUAAUUCAAUUAAAAGCGAAAAGAAAAGGACUAAGAACUUCUUUUUCGCUAUGUGUGAAAAAUAUUGAAGACGUGCUCAAUGUUGCUGAAUUGGAUACUAAGGAAAGUAAUAUAAAAACGCUUUCGAUUUACGAGCUACAAUUGAAGGACAAAUUUGAGCGGUUGGCAAACUGCCAAGAGGAAGUUUCUAAUUGUAUUCUUCUCUUGGAAAAUGCCGACACAGAAUAUGAGUCGGACUUUGAAAAAGCGGAGGAAUAUCGUGACAAAUAUCACGAAAUUUGUUCCAAAUUAACUGAACAUUUAAGUAAAACAGAUGUAGUUCAAAGAAAAUAUAAACUCCCACAGAUUGAGCUACGUAAAUUUAGUGGUGAAUUAAAAGAUUUCUUAGGCUUUUGGAGCCAAUAUGAAAAAAUUCAUUCCGACGAAACUUUGUCGAAGGAGGAUAAGUUUCAGUAUUUGUUGUCGUCUUUAGAGCCGCAGUCAAAAGCGGCCCGGGUUGUCGGCAGCUUCCCUGCAACGGCUAAGAACUACGAUAAAGCCAUUGAACAGUUAAAAGAGCGUUUCGGACGGACAGAUUUACUGGUGCAAGUUUAUGUCCGGGACUUAUUAUCACUUGUAAUGAAAAAUGCUAUAUCUGGUCGAUCCAAAACUGAUUUACCUGCAUUGUACGAUGAAUUGGAAGGAAAGAUACGGGCCUUGGAAAGCCUAGGGCGUACACAGAGCAAUUACGGAGAUUUUCUAAUGCCACUAGUAGAAUCUUCUUUGCCGGAGACUGUUUUGAUUGCAUACGAAAGAAGUCGUUCUUCUGACCAAGGGGAAAGAUCUUUGCAAAAAUUAAUGAACUUUUUACAGCAAGAGGUGAAGGGUGAGGAGCUUGUCGUCCUCGCUCGGGCUGGAUUUGGAACCUCUACUAAGAAGAAAGAGCCUGUUGUAGAGAAAAUGGAUUUAUCUACCACAGCUGCAUUGGUAAGCACUACGCCUGAUAAUACAGGUAAGAUCAAUUUUAUCUGUCUCUUUUGCGGGAAAAAGCACCUUUCCCAAGAUUGCUAUUUUGCUCGAAAGCUAAGUUUAGAAGAAAGGAGAAAGGUAAUUUACAACAAAAAAGCUUGCGUCUCCUGUCUUAAAUUGGGACAUACUGCUCGUACAUGUAGGAUGAAGAUUAGAUGCAUUAUUUGUAAUAAAAAUCAUUUUAUUUUGAUGUGUCCUGAUCGAGAAAUGAAGAACAAUGAACCUAAAACUGAGGAAGUGUCAUCUUUAGCCAAUAGCAGUGCCCCUGCUUAUGAUUUUAAAACUGUUUUUCUUAUGACUCUGAUAGUAAAAGUUAAAAAUAAGAAAAGUGAGUGUAAUAUACGGGCCAUUUUAGAUACUGGCUCGCAGCGCUCAUAUUUGAGUACUAAAAUUGUUAAAAAAUUGUGUUUGAAACCCAAGGGUAAACAAACACUUAUUCAUGGUUUAUUUGGAGGUAACGAAACCAAACCUAAAGACCAUGAGUGGUUCAUGAUUAAAGUUUAUAAUUUGGAAAACACUUUUUGUUUUAAACUAGAAGUCCUCUCUGAAGAAAAAAUUUGUGGUUUUGUUCCUCGAGCUAACGAUUCUGUUACGCUAAAAGAAUUGCAACAAAGAAACAUAGAUAUUCACGAUGUUAAUUUUAAUGAUUCUGAAAUAGAUCUGCUUCUUGGAGCAGACAUUACCUCUAAAUUGUUUACUGGUAAAUCAAUAGCAUUAAAAUCAGGUUUAAUGGUUGUUCAGACAAAACUUGGUAAUACUCUUACUGGUAAAAUAAAUAAUGUUUAUGCAGAUAUAAAUAAUGGUAAAUCAAUAUCUGUUGAUUCCAAUUGUAUCCUAUGUGAUAAUGUAUGUGUAUUGCAUUCAGUAACUUUAAAUGUAAAUAAGCUUUGGGAUCUCGAUGUAAUAGGUAUUAGAGACCCAUAUGAUAAUUCUAAACAGAGAUUAAUGUUUUCGGAAGCUAUUGAGCAGUAUAAAGAUAACUUAACUAUUCUUCCGAAUGGAAGAUAUGAACUUUUACUUCCAUUUAAAAGUGAAACUACUUUGCUUGAUAACAAACAGUUAACUUUAAAGCGUCACUUGAAUAUGUGUAAACGCUCUUUAGCAAAUGGUUAUUUGAAUGAUUAUAUCAAUGUUUUUAAAAACUGGCAGGAGAUAAAUAUUAUAGAAAAGGUUCCUGAAAGUGAAAUUAAUGAACCUUGCCAUUAUUUGCCCCAUCGUCCUGUCAUCAAACAAUCUAGCGAGACAUUUAAAUUGCGUCCAGUAUUUGAUGCCUCAGCCAAACAGUGCAAUCAACCAUCUUUAAAUGACUGUUUGGUCAAAGGCCCAAAUUUGAUCGAAUUGAUUCCUGAUAUUAUUGACAGGUUUAGAUUAUUUCCAAUAGGUCUUUCUUCUGAUAUAGAAAAAGCCUUUUUGCAGCUAAGCAUAUCCCCUCAGCACCGAGAUUUUUUACGAUUUUUCUUUCCAUCUGAGACAGGUGAUCCCAUUGCUUAUAGACACUGUAGAGUUGUGUUUGGUGUGACCACGAGUCCCUUUUUACUAAUGGCUUCUUUAAGUCAUCUCCUGGAGAACGCUUCCGAUGAAUUUUCCGAUGUUGUUCCCAAGCUCCGACAUGCUUUUUACGUCGACAAUUGCGUCACGGGAGUUAACACUGUCACAGAAUUAGAAAACUUUAUUAUUAAGACUCAAAAAUUAAUGAAAACAGCUUGUUUUAAUUUGCGAGGUUGGGAAGGUAAUAUAGCAAAUCCUCUUUUAUCCAAGUCUUCUGGUGAUACUUCCUUACUGGGUAUUAAGUGGAAUUUGGAUCGAGAUACUUUACGAUGCAACUUUACUAAUGAUUUAGAUCGUAACGAAACAUUUACAAAAAGAACUGUAUUAUCGUAUGUGCAGCGGUUUUUCGAUCCU